ACAUCUCAUACAAUCACACAAUUGAAAGAAUAGAUCUUCAGUGUUUCAAAGUCUAUGAAAAAGUGGAGCUUUAAAGAUGACUGAAUUUGCGAACUGGUUUUGAUGUCUUUACUUACAAAUAAUUACUUUUAUAAAUAUAUAUAUUCUACUGAAAAUUUGCAGUGAUGUAUAUUGUAUAUGCUGUUGUAACCCAAUUUCUCAAUAUUAAAGUAGAAAACAUUAAAGUAGAGCAGAAGAGAUUAAGCAAAACAAAACAUUAAAUAUAACUCAAGAAAAAGCAAUAAGGAAAGAAAUAAGUUAAUAAAAGAUUAUUAAUAAAAUAAAGCAAGAGACAUGACUAUAAGGAAAAGGAAGCCAAUUUCUCGGAAGCUGAUGUAAACAGCUGAUGAGGCAAACUGACAAGAGUCACCCAGUCACCUAGCACUCAACCUAAUUAAUUAAGGGUCACCAAGCACUCAACCUAAUUAAUUAAUAUAUAUUAAGUAUAUAUAUCGAGAUGCGCCGAAGGCGAACCUUGCUCGCUCAAUCGCAUUCUGACGCUCGUAAAAGCGGCUUUAAAGAAAGAAGUGUCGAAAGAGGGAUGUGACCGACGGGGGGAGAGAAAGCAACUUAUAAACAAUAGCUUGCAAUUAAUGAGAGGAAUCAAGAAAUGACGCAAAAGAAGAGAGUUCUUAUGGUUUGUUUAGGAAAUAGUUGCCGCUCUCCUAUCGCAGAGGCAGUGUUUCAGGAUCAAGUGCGAAAAAUGGGUCUAUCCGAUUUUUGGGAAGUAGAAAGUGCCGCUAUUCUGGAAUAUCACGUAGGCAAUGCUCCGGAACCUAGAGCAAUGUCUACUCUUCGCAAAGAGGGAAUUACAAAUUACUCUCAUGUCGCGAGACAAAUCACAAUAAACGAUUUCUACAAAUUUGAUUGGAUAUUCGGAAUGGACGAGUAUAUUAUUCAUAAGCUAUAUGAAAUGCGACCGGAAGAUAAUCAAACGACGAUUGAACUACUUGGGAAAUAUGAUCCAGCUGGAAUAGUUGUUAUAAGAGAUCCCUUAUUUGACGUUGGUAGUGCUGGAUUUGAGAAAGCGUUUCAACAGGCUUUAAGGAGCGUGCGCUCAUUUUUGACUAUUAACAUGAAUGUGUACAAGAGAUAAGAUAUUAAAAAAGUUUUAAUUUUAUGGAAAUACUAAUAUUCUCAGAGAAAAAAAUGGAAAAUUAUAUCCAA